AUGAGUGAUAGAAACAGUCGUAUCGCUAUUGUUAGCGCUGAUAAAUGCAAACCCAAGAAAUGUCGUCAAGAGUGUAAACGUUCAUGCCCUGUUGUGAAAACUGGUAAAUUAUGUAUUGAAGUCACCCCGACUUCAAAAAUUGCGUUCAUUUCCGAAAUCUUGUGUAUCGGUUGUGGUAUUUGUGUUAAGAAGUGUCCAUUCGGCGCUAUUCAAAUUAUUAACUUGCCUACUAAUUUGGAAGCCCAUGUUACUCAUCGUUACUCGGCCAAUAGUUUCAAACUGCACAGAUUGCCAACUCCAAGACCUGGUCAAGUUCUUGGUCUAGUUGGUACCAACGGUAUUGGUAAAUCCACUGCUUUGAAGAUAUUAGCUGGUAAGCAGAAACCAAAUUUAGGUCGUUUUGAUGAUCCUCCUGAAUGGCAAGAAAUCAUUAGAUACUUCCGUGGUUCUGAACUGCAAAACUAUUUCACCAAGAUGCUGGAAGAUGAUAUUAAGGCUAUUAUCAAACCUCAAUACGUCGAUAACAUUCCUCGUGCCAUUAAAGGACCCGUUCAAAAAGUUGGUGAGCUUUUGAAGUUAAGAAUGGAAAAGACACCGGAAGUUGUGAAGCGCUAUAUCAAGAUUCUACAAUUAGAAAACGUUUUAAAAAGAGAUAUCGAAAAGUUGUCUGGUGGUGAACUGCAGAGAUUUGCCAUUGGUAUGUCAUGUGUCCAAGAGGCAGACGUUUAUAUGUUUGACGAACCCUCAUCUUAUUUGGAUGUUAAGCAGCGUUUGAAUGCCGCUCAAAUUAUUAGAUCUUUGCUGGCUCCGACUAAAUACGUCAUUUGUGUUGAACACGAUUUGUCCGUCUUGGAUUAUCUUUCGGAUUUCGUUUGUAUCAUAUACGGUGUCCCAUCUGUUUAUGGUGUUGUUACCUUGCCAGCCUCUGUUAGAGAAGGUAUUAACAUUUUCCUGGAUGGUCAUAUUCCUUCCGAGAAUUUGAGAUUCAGAACUGAAGCUCUACAAUUCAGAAUAGCCGAUGCCACUGAAGAAUUACAAGAGGAUACUGUUACUCGUGCCUUCACUUACCCAGGUUUGAGGAAAACACAGGGUGAUUUUGUAUUGAAUGUAGAAGAAGGUGAGUUUUCAGAUUCUGAAAUUUUGGUCAUGAUGGGUGAAAAUGGUACCGGUAAGACCACUUUGAUUAAAUUACUAGCCGGUGCACUAAAACCAGACGAAGGACAAGAUAUUUCAAGGUUGAAUGUUUCUAUGAAACCACAAAAAAUCGCACCAAAAUUCCCUGGUACUGUUAGACAAUUGUUCUUCAAAAAAAUUAGAGGUCAAUUUCUAAGUCCACAAUUUCAAACAGAUGUCGUCAAACCGUUAAGAAUUGACGAUAUUAUUGAUCAAGAAGUCCAACAUUUGUCCGGUGGUGAAUUGCAAAGAGUCGCCAUUGUCUUAGCCUUGGGUGUUCCAGCUGACAUCUACUUGAUCGAUGAACCAUCUGCUUACCUAGAUUCUGAACAGCGUAUUAUUUGUUCUAAAGUUAUUAGAAGAUUCAUCUUGCACAAUAAGAAAACUGCGUUUAUCGUCGAGCACGAUUUCAUCAUGGCUACUUAUCUGGCUGAUAAGGUCAUUGUCUUUGAGGGUACUCCUUCCAAGAAUGCCCAUGCAAGAGCUCCAGAAUCUUUGUUGACCGGUUGUAACAGAUUUUUGAAGAAUUUGAAUGUUACUUUCAGAAGAGAUCCAAACUCUUUCAGACCAAGAAUUAACAAGUUAGAUUCCCAAAUGGAUAAAGAACAAAAAUCAUCAGGGAACUAUUUCUUCUUAGACAACACCGGUAUUUAA